UGAAAUAUAUCUUCUUUCUUGUUUUGUACUUCUAAACUCCAUGAAUGCUAGGCAAGCUCAAACUCUGCGUGUAUUCGAUAGCCUUACGCCCGACGUCAUUCUAACCCUCAUUGCAAAAACAACAUCUGUCUCCCAAACGCAGCAAGUUCAUGCUCAUAUCCUCAAAACUGGCCAUUCCAAUGAUACCCAUUUCAUCAACAAGCUCCUUUCCCUGUACGCCAACUACAAUUGCUUUGCUAAUGCAGAAUCUCUUCUCCAUUCGCUUCCCAACCCCAAUAUCUUCUCUUUCAAAUCUCUCAUUCACGCUUCUUCAAAAUCCAAUCUUUUUAGUUACACCCUUGUUUUAUUUUCUCGGUUAUUAUCAGCGUGCAUUUUACCUGAUGUACAUGUACUUCCUAGUGCUAUUAAAGCGUCUGCUGGGUUAUCGGCGUCGGAAGUUGGGAAACAAAUUCAUGGGUAUGGAUUAACAACUGGGUUGGCGUUAGAUUCGUUUGUUGAAGCUUCUUUGGUUCAUAUGUAUGUAAAAUGUGACAGGUUGAGAUGUGCACGUAAGGUGUUUGAUAAAAUGCUUGAACCGGAUGUGGUUUCUUGGAGUGCUUUAACUGGUGGUUAUGCAAAAAAAGGAGAUGUUGUUAAUGCUAAAAUGGUGUUUGAUGAAGCUGGGAAGUUGGGUAUUGAGCCGAAUCUUGUUUCGUGGAAUGGUAUGAUUGCGGGGUUUAAUCAGAGUGGACGUUAUUCGGAGGCAGUUUUGAUGUUUCAGAGGAUGAAUUCUGAAGGGUUUAGGAGUGACGGGACGAGUAUUUCGAGUGUUCUUCCUGCAAUAAGUGAUUUGGAGGAUCUCAAGAUGGGGGUUCAAGUUCAUAGUCAUGUGAUUAGGACGGGUUUUGAGUCUGAUAACUGUAUUAUCAGCGCGUUAAUUGAUAUGUAUGGAAAGUGUAGGUGUACCACGGAGAUGUCACUGGUCUUUGAAGGGGCAGAGGAAAUGGAUUUGGGUGGUUUUAAUGCUUUGGUAGCUGGGCUAUCACGGAAUGGUCUUGUUGAUGAGGCUUUCAAAGUCUUCAAAAAGUUAAAGCGCAAAGUGAAGGAAUUGAAUGUGGUCUCGUGGACUUCGAUGAUUUCUUCCUGCUCGCAACAUGGCAAAGACCUUGAGGCGCUAGAGAUUUUUAGAGAAAUGCAAUUGGCUAGGGUGAGGCCAAACUCUAUAACGAUUUCUUGUUUGCUUCCAGCCUGUGGCAAUAUUGCUGCAUUAGUACAUGGAAAGGCAACACAUUGCUUCUCUCUGAGAAAUUGUUUUUCAGAUGAUGUCUAUGUCAGUAGUGCAUUAAUAGAUAUGUAUGCCAAUUGUGGGAGGAUUCAGUUGGCUCGCAUCAUUUUUGACUGGAUGCCAGUACGUAAUUUGGUUUGUUGGAAUGCAAUGAUCAGUGGAUACGCAAUGCAUGGAAAGGCUAAGGAAGCUAUUGAAAUCUUUGACUUAAUGCAAAGAAGUGGCCAGAAACCUGACUUCAUUAGUUUCACCAGUGUUUUAUCUGCAUGCAGCCAAGCAGGCCUUACAGAACAAGGGCAACAUUACUUCGAUUCUAUGUCUAGAGUUCAUGGACUUGAGGCCAGAGUGGAGCACUAUGCUUGUAUGGUGAGCCUUCUUGGUCGUGCAGGAAAGCUCAAAGAAGCCUAUAACAUGAUUUCCACAAUGCCAAUUGAACCAGAUGCAUGUGUUUGGGGUGCUUUACUAAGUUCUUGUAGAAUACAUCGUACUAUGAGUUUAGGCGAGAUUGCUGCUAAUAAACUAUUUGAACUUGAACCCAAGAAUCCUGGAAACUACAUUCUACUAUCCAAUAUUUAUGCGUCUAACAACAGAUGGAAUGAAGUAGACAAGGUGAGGGACAUGAUGAAACUUGUAGGCUUGAGUAAAAAUCCUGGAUGUAGUUGGAUUGAAAUUAAAAACAAAGUUCACAUGCUAUUAGCAGGAGAUGAUUUACAUCCUCAAAUGCCACAGAUUAUGGAAAAGUUGCGAAAAUUAAGCAUGGACAUGAAGAAUUCAGGUGUUUCACAUAAUACGGAAUUUGUUUUGCAAGAUGUUGAAGAACAGGACAAGGAGUUGAUCUUGUGUGGGCAUAGUGAGAAGUUGGCUGUAGUUUUAGGAAUUUUGAACACUAACCCAGGGACUCCUCUAAGAGUCAUAAAGAACCUUAGAAUUUGUGGGGACUGCCAUGCCUUUAUCAAAUUCAUGUCCAACUUUGAAGGGAGAGAAAUUUAUGUUAGAGACGCAAACCGUUAUCAUCACUUCAAUGAAGGUGUCUGCUCAUGUGGAGAUUAUUGGUGAUUGAGAUUUGUAAUCUUGAGAAGUUCUUCGAGAGUUGAGAGUACCUGAAAGCAGGAUGUUAGUGAAUCCAGUUGUGGGGAGGAUGCAACAAACCAGUUGCAUUUAUACAAAAUUGGAACUGAACAGCCAAGUUUAACCCUAGUGUCUGAAUCCAACAAUCCAAGCAGCUUUAAUCAACUCUGCUUUCAUAAUCUCAUCCAAAUUGGUGUGUUUGACCUCUGAUGCCUAAAGUUCUUUCCUUUCAUAGCAAAUGA